CUUCUUCCUCCCCCGUCUCUCUCGCGCAUCUCUGUGGAGACCAUCCUUUCUCUCUCCUCUCUUUCUCUCUCUUCUGGCCACGCUUCUCGCUCCGAUCCCACCACCAUCUUCGUCCCCCUUCUCUCUCUCUCUCUCUCUCUCUCUCUCUCUAUUCUUUGCAUGCGAAUUGGCAAUGGCUUGAUGCCUCUCCCUCCUCCUCUUCGCUCGAUGUCGAGAGCCUCCUCCUAGCUCUCGAUUCCGCGCCGCCGCCGCCGCCGCCGCCGCCGAUUCGGGUUGCUGCGGCCCGAGCGCCAUUGUCGAUUCCCGCGCGUGAUGUGAGUGCAUGUCGCGUUCCGCGUAUGCCGCGCGCGGGCCCCGAACCGUGCAUUCCGGCUAGGUCGAUUCUCUCCGGUCAUUGCUGUCCUUGAAUCGAUUCGAGGGGAUUUUUUUUUUUUUUUUGCUGGUGUUGGAAUUGAGGGAGCAGAGUUUGAUGUGAAGGAAGGAGGUGGGAAAAAAAAAGGGGAAAAAAAAGAUGGAUUUGGCUGCGCAGCUGAAGCGGGGGAUAUCGCGGCAGUUCUCGACGGGGUCGGUGAGGCGGAGCUUCAGCCGGCAGUUCACGCGGCAGUCGUCGCUGGACCCGCGGCGGAACAACAUGCGGUUCAGCUUCGGGCGGCAGUCCUCGCUCGACCCGAUCCGGCGGAGCCCCGACCCGGACGACGAGCUCUCGGUGCCCGAGAACCUGGACUCCACGAUGCAGCUCCUCUUCAUGGCGUGCCGCGGGGACGUGAAGGGGGUGGAGGACCUGCUGAACGAAGGGAUCGACGUGAACAGCAUCGAUCUGGACGGCCGCACCGGGCUGCACAUCGCCGCCUGCGAGGGCCACGUCGAGGUCGUCAAGCUGCUGCUCAGUAGGAAGGCCAACAUCGAUGCCCGCGACCGGUGGGGCAGCACGGCAGCUGCCGAUGCGAAAUACUACGGAAAUCCGGAAGUAUACAACAUUCUGAAAGCUCGUGGAGCCAAAGUCCCUAAAACAAGAAGAACACCCAUGACCGUUGCCAACCCUCGGGAAGUUCCAGAAUAUGAGCUCAAUCCUUUAGAACUUCAGGUUCGGAAGGGCGACGGUGUUUCAAAGGGAACAUAUCAAGUAGCUAAAUGGAAUGGGACAAAGGUUGCUGUCAAGAUACUGGAUAAGGACAGUUACUCAGACGCGGAGACCAUCAAUGCUUUCAAGCAUGAGUUAGAGUUACUAGAAAAGGUGAGACAUCCGAAUGUGGUUCAGUUUGUUGGAGCUGUCACUCAAAACAUGCCCAUGAUGAUUGUUUUGGAGUACCAUCCAAAAGGUGAUCUUGGAAGCUAUCUUCAGAAGAAAGGGCGUCUCUCUCCACCUAAAGCUCUACGGUUUGCUCUUGAUAUUGCAAGGGGUAUGAAUUAUCUCCAUGAAUGUAAACCAGAUCCCAUCAUCCACUGUGACUUAAAGCCUAAAAAUAUCUUGCUGGAUAGUGGGGGUCAGUUAAAGAUCUCUGGAUUUGGUUUGAUAAGUUUUGCAAGAGUAUCCCCAGAUAAAGCAAAACUUGCACAGCCUGGGACUCAAGCUGAAUUGUCACGUUUAUAUGUGGCACCUGAGGUUUAUAAGGAUGAAAUAUUUGAUAGAAGUGUGGAUGCAUUUUCCUUUGGUCUCAUUCUUUAUGAGAUGAUUGAAGGAGCUCAGCCUUUCUAUCCGAGUUCUCCAGAAGAGGCAGCCAAAAUGAUAUGUUUAGAAGGAAAACGACCGCCUUUCAAGAUCAAAGCUAAAAACUACCCUCCUGAUUUGAAAGAGUUGAUAGAGGAAUGCUGGGAUCCAGAGUCUGUCGUGAGGCCAACUUUUUCUGAAAUUAUCGUCCGUUUGGACAAGAUAGUUGCAAACUGUUCCAGGCAGGGCUGGUGGAAGGAUACAUUCAAGCUUCCUUGGAAAUGAGAGGAAGCACUCUACACUACUGGAUAAGGAAGCAGACGAUGUUCGAAGUCAUUUUCGUGUUCAGUUGUGGAGCAACCACGUUGAAUAUAUAAUAAUGUCUACGUAAGAGACCUCGGAAUGAAAAAGUAAUAAGGUCUAGUUUUUGUUCUUGAUAUGGAGCUGAAGCAGCUCCAUUGUUAUGUAUGUGUAAUAUGUGAAAGGAUUAUUUUAUGAUAGUUCAUAGUUUCCAUACUGUAUAUUAGAAAAAGCCAAAGUCAUUAGGACAUCCAUCGCCAGACUAGAAGUAACGCAGAUCCUUGAUCAACCGAAGGGGUAUAAGACCGCAAGUAUAUGAACUUUUAUUGCUUUUACAAUUAAGUACGUAACUUUUU